AUGAUGAACCUCUCCCCCCCACACCCCCGCCCCUUCUUCAAAAGCACCCCGCACAUCAACCCGGCCUCCCUCAAGAAACCCAGCCGCUGGUAUCUGCCCCUGAUGGCAGCCAUUGCUCUGGGCUUCGGCGCCUACAACCACUACACCGCCACCGCCACCGCCACCUCUCCCACCUCCACGAAGUCCCUCCAGAAUCAACUCUACCAACAACAAGAAGAAGAGCGCCUCCGCAAGAACCGCGCCCUGAUGGACGCCUACGGCGACAAGGAGACGCUCCAGGACAUCGAGCGCGCGCUGGUCGUGUAUGAUCUCCAGUAACCUUUGGUUCCUCUGCUGGUCUGGUUUGCUGUGCGAUGCAUACGUUGUGGAAAUCAACCCUAACGCGGUUUUGUUGGGGUAUUGGGGGUGGUGUAGGGCGGCGAUGGAGUGGGAUUGAGUCCUCUCCUGCAUUCUCAUGACUGGUAGUAUGGAUGGCGUUUUGGGAUGGUUUAUGAUUAUGAUGAUUUGGUUGGAUUAGCGGGUUUGGGUUUCGGGAAUACUUGCAGGAUGGAUGGAGGCAGCGGGUCUGUUUCUGUUGCUGUUGCUGUUGCUGUUACUGUUGCUGUUACCGGAUGGCUGGCUCCCUGGG